AGAUCACCCCUGCUGGACAAAGACGGAACUACAAACAUCCCUUCAAAAACACCUGCUUAGAUACAUGUAGGAAUAAUAACAUUUCUGUUAUCCUAACUAUUAUAAAAUAUACAGAUUUACAUUAAAAAUACGUUUUUAAAUAAGUUCACGAUCACCGAGAGUCAAACAUUCGGGCGCUUUACGGGGCGGGGCUUCGCAGUUCGGAAGUUGUCUGUGAUUGGUCGGAUGGGCGCAUCGUCGUCAGAGGCGGAAGUUCAGAGGUUAGGCGGGAUAAUGAUGGAUUCCGGUGUAAACAGCGAGUUUGCGUCGCGUUUUCUGUGUCGCGCUCGAUCUGAGGAGAAGUAGCCUCGGCUGCAGCGCUUUUACUCGACGAAAGAUGCUCGGAUGUCGACGCCGCUGAUAUUUACAGUCACUCCUGCGAACGAGAAGCGCUGAAGGCGGGGCGAUGCUGUCCGUCCGAGGUCUGUGUUUCCUCCUCACUCUGUUCCUGGGCAGUUUCUUCGGCAGCAUCUUCAUGCUGGGUCCGGUUCUGCCGCUCAUGCUGCUGUCCCCCGCCUGGUACCGCUGGCUCACUGACCGCAUCGUGGCUACCUGGCUCACCCUGCCGGUGGCGCUGCUGGAGCUGGUGUUCGGGGUGAAGGUGGUGAUCACGGGUGACGGCUUUGUUCCGGGUGAGCGCAGCGUCAUCAUCAUGAACCACCGCACACGUCUGGACUGGAUGUUCCUGUGGUGCUGUCUGCUGCGCUGCAGCUACCUGCGUCUCGAGAAGAUCUGCCUCAAGGCGGCACUCAAAGCUGUGCCCGGCUUUGGCUGGGCCAUGCAGGUGGCUUCCUUCAUCUUCAUCCGGCGGCGCUGGGAGGAAGACCGUGCUCACAUGGCCAACAUGCUGCAGUACUUCUGCCACAUCAAGGAGCCACUGCAGCUGCUGCUGUUCCCUGAGGGCACCGACCUCACUGAAAACACUCGAGCUCGGAGCGACGAGUUCGCCGAGAAAAACAGUCUUCCCAAGUACGAGUAUGUUCUUCAUCCUCGCACCACCGGCUUCACCUUCAUCGUCGACACGCUGCAGAAAGGGGGUCACCUGGAUGCGGUUCAUGACAUCACGGUGGCGUAUCCUCAGAACAUCCCUCAGACGGAGCAGCACCUGGUCCUGGGUCUGUUUCCUCGUGAGAUACACUUCCACGUGCAGCGCUUCCCCGCGGCGUCUCUGCCUUCGAGCUCCGAGCAGCUGCAGAGCUGGUGUCAGGAGCGCUGGAGAGAGAAAGAGCAGCGUCUCAGAGACUUCUACCGCUCGGAGCCGCGCCGCUUCCAGGAGCCCGGGGCCCGCGUGCCGCCCUGCAAGAGCGAGAGGAGAGUGGCCCUGAUCAAAGCCGCCUCGCUGCUGUACUGGAGCGGCUUCAUCACGCUCUCCUGCGCCGGCCUGUGCCUCUACACGCCGCUGCGCCUCUACUUCCUGCUGAUGCUCGUCUUCUUCCUGGGUCAGCAGCGGGUCACGGGCGGCCUGGAGCUGCUGGAGCUGGCCUGUCACCGGCGCUGGACCGGAGCCUCGGAGAAGGAGCACUGAGACAUUAGAAACUCGGCUUUCAUCACUGUGCGAACGUGAAUGUCAUCCUUUAACUCUUUCAGGUCUUUGUGUUUCUCGUUUGUUUCGUUUUAGUAGCUCGGGUUUUCCAGUUACAGCCAUAUUUUAAAGAAUCACCAUAUUUUAUGUUCGGUGCUGACCAAAAUCAUCAGAACAGCAGUAUUUUAGCAGAUCAAAGUAACUUUCUUCUGUCUUCUGCUGUAGUGUAGUAGAAAUACCAGUGUUUGUCAUGAACUGUGAGAUCUUCAUGAGUCUGUCUGGAAGGACGUGAAGAAACUGAGACGGAUUCAGUCCUGAAGGAAAGAUAUCUCAAAACUAGUUUUAAGCUCUUUAAGCUGUUAAAUGAGGAUUCUGUCAGAAUAAUGUUGUGAACCGUAAACUAAAUCAACAUUUGUUUUGAUCACCUUUGUGUUUAAAGCAGCUUUUGACCUCGAGUUUCUCAGGAGACAAACUUCUUCUGGAUUGAGUCCGUCUCAGUUUCUUCACGUCCUUCCAGACAGACUCAUGAAGAUCAAACAUCUCACAGUUCAUGACAAAAUGACAUGAUAUUUCUACUACACUACAGCAGAAGAUAAAAGUAGACUUAAAACCACUUUUAUCUGCUGAAACGCCGGGGUUCUGCUGGUUUUGUCCUUCAGUGUAAGUAUGUUUUCUAGUGAGGGAACGCAGCUUCGAGCGCUCGUGGAAAAGAGGAGCGCAGUGUAUUGAUGCAUGGCUGACAGAAGAGCGUUCCCAUCAACACACAUGACGUUCUCAGACAAUCCUCGCUCAAGUCAGGACUGAGUUUAAAUCCUGACCUUUGACCUCUGACCCCUGGUGACCUGCGUGUGCUGAUGGAGGAGGACUGGCUCACUGUGAUGGAGAUCUGUGUCUGUGUUCCUCGUCAUGCUCUGUCAUGAUCACUCAGGUAUAUUCACUGUAACUGAUCAUAGUCAACACGCCAAUAAACCAGCUUCUGUGUUCCUUUAAA